GUGUUGGUAGGUGCUUAUAUUCAAAUCAAAUACUGCUUUGUUUGAUAGUGUAUAUCAACUCUGCUGAUGUUGUGCACCAGUGACAUAUACACCCUCAUCAACUAUGUUGGCUUCAUAAACUACCUGUUUUAUGGGGUCUCUGUUGCUGGACAGAUUGUGCUUCGCAUUAAAGAACCAGACAUACAUCGGCCAAUCAAGGUGAGCUUGGCAUGGCCAGUAAUUUUCCUGAUUUUCUGGACAUUCCUGCUGAUCUUCUCUUUGUACUCGGAGCCUGUGGUGUGUGGCAGAGGUCUGGCCAUCAUGUUGUCAGGUGUUCCUGUAUAUUUAUUUGGCGUCUAUUGGGAAAACAAGCCCAAGAGCUUCAACUCAUUUAUUGUUAAACUGAAUCACUUGGAGCAGAAGUUGUUCAUGGUGGUAUAUCCCUCUGAGGGCAGUGAAAGAUGAAAAUGAAGACAAAGAGGAAGCUGGAUGGGAUUACAGGAAGUAGGCCCUACAUUUCCUGUUUCAUAAAUGGAUAUUUAUUCAUCAGCUAAACUUAAGCAAUUUGAGUCUGGUAGGUUUUGAAAAUGCAAAACAAACAUGCACAUAGU